AUGAAGCAGACCUUGAUUCCUACUCGGAAACAAGUCACAAGAAAGACAGCCAAAGUUCAAGAAACAAUGAAUGCGGCAAAGGCAACAAUAAAUAACAGUUUACGAGAACUCGGGGGGCCAGGAGCAGGAGGCAGCACUUUGAUCAAUUUAUCGAGGACCGAACAAGAAAAGAUACAAGAAAUAUAUAACGUUACGAUUGAAGCAUUAAAAGUGCUUCAAGAUCUAGGAUCAAAGCAAAUUGAAAAGGGAAACAAUUUUGAUAUCGAAAAAGCGUAUUUAAAUCUAAUGACGAAAAUGAUUGAACUGGAAUUGUACGAUAAUGCGCUUGAAACUGCGAAAAUACUACAUAGGCGACUUUGGAGAUAUUGUGGACAGAGUAGCAAUUCAACCAUUACCAAAACGUCUGGGCGUAAAUUAUUACAGCAAAUAAAUGUCAAUCAAAACGAGCCUUCAACAUCUUCAGAACUAUUAACUUUAUAUCGCGAAUUAUUGUGUUUUCCGCUUGAUUCAAAAAUUGAUAACCCAGAAUUAAUAGCGGUGUUGUUAACCAGCCAAAUAAACGUGCUACGAUGCUUGGUUGCAAGAGACACCAAAUUAAUCUUGCAUCUACCCAUAAUUUUUAAAGCUCGAAAUAGUAUUUUUGAUUGGUGCGAACGAUUAAGACACUUGGAUGUCGAGUUGGCCGCGAAACAGUAUUCGGCGCUCGGGCGGAUUAUUCAUCGAGCAUGUCAUCAAAUACCAUCUAUUUCUGGUGACAACUCUUUAAAAUUCUUACAAUUACGCGUAUUUUCUAUGCAAGCGUUUAUCCAUACUAGUUUAUUUGUGUUGGACGUCUUUUUCGAACAAGCUGUUAGAAGUGGAAAACAUUUUGAAAAAGCAUGUCAAAGUCCACCAGCUAUGCUUUAUCAACACUUGUCGAGAGCAUACGAGGAAAUAUACGAAUUAGUGCGUGCUGCAUAUCACGAAAAGUUUUCACAAUGUCCCCGAUUUUUUGUUUGGCUUGAUCAUUAUGCGUAUGCUGCAAAAAAGGCUAAUGGAUAUAAGGCUGCCAUAUCCGUAUAUCGACUUGCUUCCCGUCACAUGGAUACGAUCAAAUAUGCAUCGUUCAAGAUAAAUAUAUUAUAUCAUGCAUUUGAAAGCUUACUUUGCGACGAAGGGAUUGACGUGUGUGAUUAUCUUGACGAAGUCAAAGAAAUAUUAUUUGGAUUGACAAAGUCUCUUCCCUCAAAAUCAUUGGAUCAGGAGGAUUUUAAUAAUUUUUCAAACCUAUUUAAAACAUCCGAAAUUUUUAGGGGCUCAUGCAUAAAAAUUUUGGAUCUUUUACACAUUAAUGAGAAUCAAGUUACUGCUACAGAUGCGGUCGCCAAUCAUUCAAAAAACAAGAAACAACUUGUAUUUAUUAAAAAAGAGGAUAAAGAUCGUCUAUACUUCAGUAUUUACAACAUGAAUCAUCUGGCCACCGAAUUGCUAAGCUUUUUCUGUGAAUCUCAUUUCAAUCAAUACAAAGAAUAUUUCAAAGCUUCCCCUAAUUUAUUACUACAUCCCGACAAACUCUCACUUAUUACAAUCCGCAUAAUCGAACUCUUCAUCCGCACAAAGCUCGAUGUCUCUCGACUGAAUGAUGAUGAUGAUGACACAUAUCCAGCGUCUAUUACGUAUAUCGAAAAAGCAAUCAAAAUUGCACGCAAUACUUCCGCUUUGGAAUUAUUUCAGAAUGCAUGCGCCACUUUAAAGGAGUAUCUUGAUUUUUUGAGCAAUAAUUCUUCCAUCGAUGAUGACAUUAAAUUUGAGAUUGGAUCAAAGUUAAGCAAGAGAUACGAGGUUUUAGGAUCUUGUCAUGAUUGUUUGUGUGAAUAUCAGAAUGCUACAAGAGCUUUUGAAAAUUCUUUGAGAUUCAUACCGAAAACUGAAUAUUUAAGAUUCUCGAAGCAUUUUACAACAAAGCCGGUCUUUCUCGCAUCCAAAGAGUUCACAGUAAUACCUCAACUGAUCGAUCGAUAUGUUAAAUCAACAUAUCUAAACUGUCCAGAUACACCAUUUACACCAACUCAUGAAAUUAUAUUGAGUAUGGUUGAAGAUGGUAUUGAAAUAGCUGGAGUGAUGGAAUAUGAACUUCAUUUGAUGAAAAGAUACCAUCAAAAGAUAGAUUUGACUAGAACACAAAUGGAGCUCUCUCGCGAUGAAGGUCUUUUGGGAUUGCGACAAUUCUAUCUUGCUAGCGCUUAUGCUUGGUUUAGCAUUGUUUCUCAGGAGUUUAAUCAACGAUUUCCUGAAGGUUUUAAGAUAGCCUUAGCUUUAUGGAAAGGUAUCUUGGCGCAUGUGGUUCCUUAUGGUAAUGGAAUUCCUACGACAAAAAUUUCAAUGGAUCAGAUUAUGUCGAUGAUAGAUGACGUUGAAUCAUUUUAUUAUGAGCUUCAAAUGUUGGCAGAUUUUUUUGGAAUGUCAAAUCAACCUAUCAAUCAUAUUUUGACCAUAAAAUUGUUAUUGAGGCUCAAUAAUGGAAUUAGGGAUUCUUCACGAGAACCAUAUUCAGGUAAAGCUGGACUUGCGUUCUCUCAAGCGAAGGCAAUCAUAGACUCGAUCAGAUGUACAGAAGAAGUUAAAUUGACUUGGAUGUUAAGCUAUAGUCAAUAUUUGUGUAGUAUUGGAAAUGUUAAAAAAAGUCUCCAAUAUUUUAAUAAUGCCAAAAUGUUGGCAGAUUCUCGGCUUCCUAAACAGAAGUCACUGUCACGCAUAAAUCUGGCCAAGCAGCGACACCGUGAGCAACUUUUAUUAGCAGAUGCAUUUUUUACGCGAUCGAUCAUUUCCAUGCGAACAGGUUUAUUGGAAGAAGCUAUCCUGGAUUGUAGAAGAUUACUUCACCUAUUAAAGCGGCUGAUAACCCAUAUUAAUCGUGAUGGUGGAUACAUUAAACAAGAAAGAGUGAUCGAAGAGAACCCAUUUCUCGAAGAUACCUCGACGACAGGUUCUUUGUCUGACCAGUCAAAGGAACUUUGUAGAUUAAUUUCAUUUACUGCACAAAGAUGGCAGUGGCAUAUAUCAAAGAGACUCCUGGAUUGCUAUGAAUAUUUGGGAAGACUGUACAUUAUACGCGGCUCUGUCAAAGAGGCAGAUUUCUUUCUACAACAGGGUUUGAAACUCGCGAAAUUGAGUAAUGCUUUCACGGCAAUGAGUCGGUCGUUGUUAAACCUUGCAGAGUUUAAUUCACGGAAACAUUGUUGGGGCGAAUGUGAAGAAAAGUUAGCGCAGGUGUUAGUAUAUCAAAAUGACGGAGACACCAUUCAAAAAGACAAAGCUAUUGCAAAAUUAUGCUACGGUGAUUUGCGAUUCAGACGACAAGAAUACGAUACGGCUCUUCAGUUCUAUUAUACCGCCGAAAAUAUAAUUACAGAUAUUAUGAAAGAGGAAUAUAUCUCACAUCUAGAAAGUAUUGAAUUAAGUGCCAUGCAAACACCUCGGGCCAAGAAAUUAAUAUCGAUACCUCCGAUGACACCAAGAGUCAAGAUCGUGGAGCAAGAGGUUCAAUUCGAGUGCUUUUUGCUUAAUCAUAUUAAGGCAGAUUUGUUUCGUCGUGCUGGUCAUGCCCUAAGCAAAAAAAGAAAUAUUGAGCAAGCCCUUGACAUGAUCGAAAAUGGCAAAGUUAUUAAUCAAUCACCCCUGGAAAAAGCAGAACAUUAUUUGGUAUUAGGCAAGAUUAAAAUCCAGCAUAUACUUUACUUGUUAUCACAGCCUGCUUUUUCGGCGCUAAAAAUAAUAUGCGAUUCUGUUCUCUCGCUACCCCGAAAUAGAAUCAUACCAGCUCGUCAAAACACAGAAUACCUGAAUAAUAUCACGCUUCAAAUUCGGCAGGCAACCGAGUAUCUGACUAAAGCGUAUGAUCACGCCUUCGAAAGCGGUACAACACAAACAUUAAGCGAGUCUGCUUUUGGGCUUGUGAAGGCGAAUAUGAUUGAAGUGUACAGUCAGAAUUUAAAUAGUGCGGAACAAGCAAGGGUGACACGGGAAUGCGCUUUUUAUUUGGAAAUGACUAAAGGAAUAGCCGCAAAAAGAGAAAUGAUCACUGUCCUCUCCGAAAGAUUGAUGCCAGAAUACACUUUUGACGACAUGAAAUGGCCGCUCAUGAUUUCUUCUAGUAAAACGACUGCCUCUAACAUUGAAGAACAACACGUAAGCGUCAAAGCUUCAAUAAAUGAUGGCGACGAAGACAACAUGAUAAACUUUACAAAGACUCUACACGAACUCUACAAGAAGGAAACCGACAUGACUUCUGAUCAAUUCCAAUCAGAAUUCGUAGACAUAUUGCCUCCCAAUUGGACAGUCUGCACUAUUUCUAUUGAUGUAGAAGGUGAAGAUAUGUACAUAUGUCGUCUGCAACGCUCACGCCCUCCUUUUAUACUUCGAUUGCCCCUGAAACGGCAGUCCAACCAAGAGGAUUGUUAUGAGGAUGAUUAUGUGUUUUCGUAUGAAGCGGCAUUAGCUGAGUUUAAUGGUAUCAUUGAAGCUAGUAAUAAGACGUUACAAGAUUCCAAAUCUUUGCAAACGCAGAAUGAAAAGAUGGAAUGGUGGAAAAACAGAGAACAAUUAGAUCAUCGGUUAAAGGAAUUACUAACAAACAUUGAGAAUUGCUGGUUCGGUGGAUUUAAGGGUAUCUUAAUGACCAAUGAUCAAGACGAUGAUCUGGAACACGCAAAGAAAUUUAAAUGCAAGCUCGAGAAUAUCGUAAACAAAAACCUAAAAAAUAUGCUCACUAAGAAGAAUAUCAAAGAACACGAAGGUCAAUUGCCAUUACUCAAUAUUGAUCUUGAGCUAUGUCAAAUGCUUUUGAGGUUAGGCGAGGACGCUUCCUACGAAGACAUUAGCGAUUUCUUGUACUUUUUACUUGACGCUUAUAAUUACAAUGAAAUUCGAAUCGCCUAUGAUGAAGUUGAUAUAGAUCAGCUCUCAAUAGAUCUGAAAACUGCAAUAAACCAGUUUUGUUUCGACGCCAGUAAUACAUCAUAUAACAACAAGAAUAAUGGUGUUGCUGAUGAUCAUAUUAUUUUGAUCCUCGAUAAGAGUGUGCAAAUGUUCCCUUGGGAAAGUCUUCCCUGCUUACGAUCAAAAGCCGUUUCUCGAUUGCCCUCGUUAUCAUUUCUACGGGACAGGAUAUUAAUGACUCAAAAUAGAAACCAAUUCAGAAAUAAAAUAAUCGCAAAAUCCAAAGUUUGGACCGAUUAUACGAUUGAUCACCGAAACGCAUUUUAUGUUCUUAAUCCUAGUCAAGAUUUUCCAAAUACUCAGAAGCAAUUUCAGGAGUUUUUUGAAAGGUUUGAAACGUGGGACGGUGUUAUUGGACGUGCUCCGAUGGAUUACGAAUGCAAAAAUGGACUAAAAAACCAUGAGCUAUAUUUGUAUUUUGACCAUGGUGGUGGAGAACAAUAUAUUCGUAGUUAUCAAGUGCGUCAACUAGAUUAUUGUGCUGUUACAUUAUUAAUGGGAUGUAGCAGUGGUCAUUUGAAGCCUGCUGGAGAAUUCGAUCCAUCAGGGAUCGCAUUAAGCUAUAUCAUGGCCGGCUGUCCCGCGUUGGUGGCUAAUUUAUGGGACGUUACUGAUGGCGACCUUGACCGGUUAAGUAAAUCUUUGUUUAAUAAUUGGUUUAUCUGCCCCUCUCAAAAAGUUCCCCACAGCCAAGUCAAUGAGCCUGGAUCAUCUACUGCAGUGCAGACCAAACAAAGCGUAUCUUUAGUAGACGCCGUUUCCUUAGCAAGAGAAAAUUGUCGACUCAAAUACUUGAACGGAGCAGCAACGGUUGUAUAUGGUAUACCGUGCUACCUCAAUUCUUCGAAUUCAUCUCACCACUAUUUAUUGGACAUUUCAAAAAUACAUGGAUAA